AUCUGUAAACAUCUUCGCAACGUUAUUGAUGGCUCAAUUGAACUCCAGCUACGCAUUACACUGGUUAUUGAUGGGUGGCUACUUGCCUACCGGGGCACGGGACCAUCAAAAGACAUUAUAGAUUACCAGAAGAGGAGGCGAGAACACAUGGAGCAAAUGAACUAUUCCGAUAGUUGGACAUCGAAGUCCGAAAUAACUGGCCAGUUCGAGGUUUGUGACGGCAUUUUGGCCGAAAGUGUUGAUAUCAAUGAAGAGAGGAGGACAUUCAGAAGUGUUCGCUACCAGGAAAUCGUCUCUCCACGACAAAAGAAUAACCCCUGGAAGAAGGAAUGGGAAGAUUUAGGGAUGGAGAUUACAGACUUUUCCUUCUGGGCACAUGCUGAUUUACAAAUGUUGAUGGAACCUCGAGACGAUAAUACGACCCGUCGAAUCCAUUUCCGUACAAUUUCUACAAAUGCCAUACACCCCGAAGCCAAAUCUCCUUAUCUCGAUCUAUAUCAGUCCGACUGUCCCGUAUGGGAAAAGUGUAACACCGUUGCAUUUGAGGACCGUGUUGUGUUUCACUUUACAGAUACACAAGACGAUGUUCGUCGUGCCGCUGGAUUAGUAUUGGACUGCUUUGAAGGAGUGAUAAGCAUGGAUUAUAUGCCCAUUGCAGACCUUGCCUUCUUGUCCAGGGACGAGGUGCUGCUUUUGUUCAACGGGGAGGAUGAAGAGGACAAGGUCACGCUCGGCGUCUACUCUGUACCCUUGAAGCGCAUCGUCUGUCGAUGUAGAUUCCCAUUCGCUUAUUUACCUUACAUAGCGUUCUUCCUGACAAGACCCGAAUCCCGUUUUGGGGAGAAAUGCCCCUCCUCCAUGGCAAAAAUGGUCAUGCCCGAUCCAAUAGUCAAUAUCCUAGGUAUCAGUUUUCACCUGAAGCCGGGGGAUCGUAGCUACUGCUGUGUGGUGCUUUCCGUGGAUGCCUUCACGAGGACUUAUCAAUCCCUUUUGGAGAAGUAUCCCGAUCGGGAAGUGUUCGACUGGGAAGAAUGGGGACCAUCUACGACGAGAUGGCUACCUUAUUACGAUAUCAAUCAUGCAGGGAACCCCAAUAUAUUUGGGUCCCGAAUGCUUACUUGGGGAAGGGCCAAUGCUAUAGAUCCCAGGUCUUACGAUGACCUCAAUCUUUUACUCCUGGACUUCAACCCGCGACCGAUUCGGAAAGGGGCCGUCACGACCAUCGAAGAGAGAUAUCAUGUAUUGGUGGUUGAUCAGGAGACAUUAUGGGUAGAUCCACACGGGCAAUUUACUGUCACGUCAAGCUUACCGUACCGAGCCUUUGUUACUUCGUGGCUUCCACGGCAUUCUUACUUUCGUUUCGACGGGAGUACUAUCAUGGGCCGAGGAUACAAGGAAUAUGGAUUUUAUUCUUUUCUCCCCCUACAAGACGAUGCGACUGACAAGAUUGACGAGGCAUUGGAGGAUAUAAACUUAUCGGCCUACUAG